CGCCGCUCCUCUUCUACACAUUUCACUUUCCAAACACUGACGGGAAAACAAAGGAGCCACCAUGUAGAGUCCGCCAGGUAACGCUCGCAUUAUCUCGGAUCAGACGGUUUCUUCUUUGAGUGAUCACAGCACCGAUUGUGCUGCUUCGGAAAGGUGUCCGCGGAAGUUUAUCGAUCCAUCCAUCCUGGAAGAGACGCACUGCUUGUUGGAUGGAUGCGGGCUCCUGUUUUCUCUCUCUCUGACACCUGCGGACUCUUGUGUUCAUUAAAACUCUCAGGUUUCGGCUUCGAGGGGAGUUCAUCUCCAUUUUGAUGCCAGUACCUUUUGAGAGCAGUCACAUCUAAAGGAAGCCUUUGUUCAGCCUUCUGCUUCGUAAUGGCAACAGGAGUAGCAGCAUGGCUUCCUUUUGCCAGGGCUGCGGCCAUUGGCUGGAUGCCUGUGGCCAACUGCCCCAUGCCCAUUGCUCCAAGAGACAACAGCAGAAAACAAGAUGAGCUGAUCAUCCUUAAUGUAAGCGGCCGUCGUUUUCAAACAUGGAGAACAACUUUGGACAGAUACCCUGACACCUUGCUGGGCAGCUCAGAGAAGGACUUCUUUUACAAUGAGGAAACCAAGGAGUACUUCUUUGACCGAGACCCUGAGGCCUUUAGGAGCAUCCUCAACUUCUACCAAACAGGAAAGCUUCACUACCCCCGUCAUGAGUGUAUCUCGGCCUAUGAUGAGGAGCUGACAUUCUUCGGCAUUAUCUCUGAGAUCAUUGGUGACUGUUGCUACGAAGAGUAUAAAGACAGAAAGAGGGAGAACUUGGAGCGGCUGCAGGAUGACCAGGAGGAAAACAAAGACCUAAAGCAGCCCAACUUGAACUUCAGAGAGACCAUGUGGCGUGCCUUUGAGAAUCCCCACACCUCCACAUUAGCCCUGGUCUUCUACUAUGUCACCGGGUUCUUCAUUGCCAUCUCAGUCAUCACUAAUGUGGUGGAGACUGUGCCCUGUGGUGCUACCACCAACCAAAAAGACAUGCCAUGUGGCGAACGUUACACUGUGGCGUUCUUCUGCAUAGACACUGCCUGUGUCAUGAUAUUCACAGUGGAGUACCUCUUGCGCUUGUUCGCCGCACCCAGCCGUUACCGUUUCAUGCGCUCUGUGAUGAGCAUCAUCGACGUGGUGGCCAUCUUGCCAUACUACAUUGGCCUUGUGAUGACUAACAACGAGGACGUGAGUGGUGCCUUUGUGACUCUGCGUGUUUUCCGAGUGUUUCGCAUCUUCAAGUUCUCCCGCCACUCCCAGGGGCUUCGGAUCCUGGGCUAUACGUUGAAGAGCUGUGCCUCAGAACUGGGCUUUCUCCUCUUCUCGCUCACCAUGGCCAUCAUCAUCUUUGCCACAGUCAUGUUUUAUGCAGAGAAGGGUUCCAGCUCCAGCAAGUUUACCAGCAUCCCAGCUUCAUUCUGGUACACCAUUGUCACUAUGACGACAUUAGGAUAUGGAGACAUGGUUCCGAAGACCAUUGCUGGAAAGAUCUUUGGCUCCAUCUGUUCCCUGAGCGGCGUGCUGGUGAUUGCUCUGCCGGUCCCCGUCAUCGUGUCCAACUUUAGUCGCAUCUACCACCAGAACCAGAGGGCAGACAAACGUCGAGCUCAGAAGAAAGCCAGGCUCGCCAGGAUAAGAAUAGCCAAGUCUGGCAGCGCCAACGCCUUCCUCCAUAGCAAACACAACGGACUCCUCAACGAACUGCUGGAACUGACGGGCUCAGAAGAGGAUGGGCAGAAGCUGAUAAAGUCCAUCUCUCUGUUAGAGAGCCAACACCACCACCUGCUGCACUGUCUGGAGAAAACUACAGCCCAUGUGUUUGUGGACGAGCAGGUGUACGAGCAGAACUGUUUGGAAACAGCAGUGCAGACCUAUCCAUCAUACAGUCCCUCAAUAGCCAGCCAUGACAGUCCUGCAGUGACCUGCUGCGGCACAAGAGGAAAAAAAAAUACUUCGCUGCCCAACACCAGCCUUUCCCCCGCAAACCCAGUUCCAUCACACCGGGGCCCGCUGCAGGAGCUCAGCGCCCUUCACAUACAGAGCGGUGACCCACUGUCACAAACAAGCAGCCGUACAAACCUCAAUUUGAGAAGUGAUGAGAGCAACAGGAUCAACUGCAAAAGCGGCCGCAUCACCACCGCCAUCAUCAGCCUCCCUACGCCUCCCGCUUUAACCUCUGAUGCCGACGGCCUCCAUGGGCCACCGCAGAGAAGGCCGCCACCAACUCUGGGUCAUCCAGCAGCUCCCAGCAUCCAGACCACAUCAAGCUCAGCUGGUAUCAACAUCGUCAAAGUCUCCGCUUUGUGAUUCCCAGUCGGGUUGAUGCAACUUUACGCAGCAGGAGGCAGAGGAGGGACAGAGGAGGUAACAACAGUUGUUGUUGAAUGCACUGUGUCCCCUGCUCACAGGGUCGGCAAUCACAGAGCUGUGCUCCAGCAUCAUGGAGACAUCACUCGUGAACUUUAGAAAUUUGAACUCAGAAUGUCGCACUUGUCAUUUUGUGUAUGUACUGCAGAUAUGGAGAGACUUGCUGCAUUUCUAAUAGUUUCUAACAGCUGAUGUCUUACAGGUAAAAAAAAAAAGAAAGACGAAAGAUGUGAAUUUAGUCUCAGCACAGACUGACAACAUGUCACAAACUGUAAGGUUAAAAUAAAGUCAUCACAAUGAUAUUUGUUGGCUUUAAAUAAUACAGACAGAUAAAGAUGUUGA